UAAAAAAUAAACAAAAAAUAGGUAAACUUUUGAGGUUUUUUUCGAACGUAAUAGUAGACCAAUUACGUGAAAUUUCACAUUACAUACCGAUGACCGUUUAUAGAGCCGUUGCUCAGGCUGCAGCAAAUCAGUACCCUGAUUCUUUUAUCGAAAAAGAUGCGCAAGGAAAUGCCAUCUCGUUAUUUUUUAAUGACCCUCAGAAAAACAAAUCCNAUAGAAAUAAUUUUUUGAAUAGUACGCUAAAACGAUCUGCAUUAAAUUCACGCAUACCAAAUAAAAAAAAAUCAUUGAACGCGCUGGGCAGAAGUUGCGUUAACUAGGAACCACAAAGCACGAACGCAAGCAUCGAUGAUAUAAAUAGCAAACAAAAGUAUUUGUUAUCUAUGUUUCAGAAAAAAAAUCUUCAAAAAAUCGAAAUAGAAAAUGUACGAAAGUAUAUGGCGGAAUGCUUCUCUGUGCAAAGAUUAUUUUUUAAUGACCCUCAGAAAAACAAAUCUCUUAAGGAUAUACUAAACCACUGGCCAAUGAUAUUUCACAAAAGCUGCCUGUACGAUCAUUUUAACACAUUAAUGCAGCUUGAUGUUGAAAAUUUCAAGUCAAACUUUGAAUUAUCUAAAGCCAAAAUAAGAUCGUUUUUUAAAAUUCAAAGUGAAAAGAACGAACUUAUUUUCAUUGCUAUUUCGAAAUACUUCAAGGAGAAGGACGAGCUCCUUUUUAAAUUUUAUAAGUUUGUGACGAUAAUUGAAGAAGUUAAAAAUUACAUAAAAGAGCCAACUCCCUGGAUUUCUAUUAUUGAUACAUCCCCCGAAGAGGCUCUUCAAAAUAUAUCGUAUAUUUUUUUUGAAAGAGAGAUUACUUUUAAAGAAAAAAAUGGAAAUUUAAUUGAUUAAUUAUUGCAGCUGCUUUGCUAUUAUUACAUAUUGAAUAUCGAAUAUCAUAAAAAUAUAUCGCAAACAUGUGAAUUUUUAAUGCGAUUUUUUUUUAAGUUCUAUCCAUCUCAAAUACGAGGCAAAAAAAGCAUAUUAAUAAUUUAAGAAAAAUAAAUACGUUGAUGCGAAAAAUUGAUGAACACACAUAUGUAAAUUAAAUUUACAUCUCCAAAAGACGCUCUUCAAAAUAUAUCGUAUAUUUUUUUGAAACAGAGAUUACUUUUAAAGAAAAGAAUAAUUGUUUUUAAGUUCUAUCCAUCUCAAAUACGAGGCAAAAAAAAGCAUAUUAAAAAUUUAAGAAAAAUAAAUACGUUAAUGCGAAAAAUUGAUGGACACACAUGUGUAAAUUAAAUUUAAGCUUUUUAUAUACAUACAUACAGCAGCGGUCAAAAUAAUAGCAUUAAAAUUCGAAAUGAUGUUGUUUGAAACUCCUGUUUAUUUAUUUAUUUUCAAAUAAUUUUUCUUUAAAAUAUAGUUCGAUCAAUAACAGAAACC